AGGUUGGCGAAUGAAAUGGAGACACUUGUGGCCUUUUACUUGGCAGAUUUUGAUGCAACUUUAGUUCGUCUUAAAGAGUAGUAGGGGUUGAAGAAUAAUCAAACACAUGAAUGAAGCUCAUCUGAUGAUGAACGACAAGGAUGAUGAAGGAAAGAUAGAAGAGAUGGGAUCAGGGCUCGGCUGUGACUGGGCUGAGUUGAAUAAGGAAUGUCUCAUCGACAUAUUUACGCGUUUAAGUCUGGAAAACCGUUGGAUAGGACCUAUGCUCGUAUGUAAGCCUUGGAUGGACGCUUGUGACGACCCAUCGCUUAACUCGGUCUUCGAUCUCGAAACUUGGUUUGAGUCAAAUCGUAGAUCGAAUAUUUGGUAUAGUUUCGAUUUCGAGCAAAAGGUCGACUCCUUUCUCCGGUGUGUUGUGGAUCGAAGCCAAGGCGGUCUCAAGGAGAUUCGUGUCAGGCAUUGUUCUGAUCUAUCUGUGUCAUACGCAGCUGAGAGAUGUCCUAACUUGGAGGUUAUUUGGAUUAGGAGCUGCCUAAGCGUUACAGAUGCAUCGAUAGCCAAGAUCGCUGCGAACUGCCCUAAGCUUAGGGAGCUCGAUAUCAGCAACUCUAUAGAAAUAUCUCAAAAGGCUUUAAAAAUGGUUGAGAGGAGUUGUAAGAAUGUCAAGAUACUCAUGGAACCUCCAGAUAAUGUUAGACUAUCUCAAGAGGAGGCCAAUAACUAUGGGCUAUCAGUACGAAGUAUUACAAGUCGUGAUCUACUUGAGCAUAUUAGACAAAUGAAUAUAAAUUGAAGUUGAACUAUAUAGGCUUCUACAACUUUCUUUUAAUCUUUUUCAAUCUUUGGAGCUUUUGAUUAUUGUGUUUUUCGGGUCUGUCUUUUGAUUUUGGAUUGUUUUGUUUGAUUGCUGUGUAUGAGAUUUGGGUUCCUUUUUUCUUUUGUCUUGCUUGCUCACACAAAAAAGGAUUAAUGUGCACAAUAACCGUAAGAUGAAAUUUAAUUAUGACGAUGAAAUAAC